GUUCACUAGGCGCAUAUCUUGGGGUCUUAAAAAUAAUUCCUCGUGUGUAAAGUUAAUGAAUUCAGCCAGACGUGCUUACUGGUUAGCGUGACAUGGUUGGAGCAAGUCUUUUGCAGUGUGGUCUAAGCCUUAGCGUUACUUUAAUUUCUUCACAUUUUGUACUAAAUUAUCAGGAAACAAUCCAUCAAGAUUGUAUUGAGUCACACAUAUUAUUGUUGCAGACACGUCGAUACUGGUGUGUUGAACGAGAAAACGCAAUCUCCGAUCCAUCUUGCUACGGAGCUGAAUAAGGUGUCAGUGCUACAGGUCUUCGCGAAGUACAAGAACCAGUUCAACGUCGACCAGGGUGGGGAGCACGGCAGAACUGCUCUGCACUUCGCAGCCAUCCACGACCACGACCUGUGCGCCAGGGUUCUGAUAACAGACCUCGGUGCCCAAUGCAAGAUACCAUGCAACAACGGCUACUACCCAAUACACGAAGCGGCUAAGAACGCUUCUUCGCGCACCAUGGAGGUUUUUCUUCAGUGGGGCGAGUCUAAAGGCUGUACCAGGGAGCAAAUGAUAUCUUUGUACGACAACGAGGGAAAUGUGCCACUACACUCUGCUGUGCACGGUGGGGACAUAAAAGCGGUCGAGCUGUGCCUCAGAUCGGGUGCUAAGAUAUCUACGCAGCAACAUGAUCUGUCGACGCCCGUACACUUGGCUUGCGCUCAGGGUGCGUUGGAGAUAGUGAAGUUGAUGUUUACGAUGCAACCAAAGGAAAAAAUGGCUUGCCUUACUUCCUGCGACGUGCAGAAAAUGACCCCAAUCCAUUGCGCCGCAAUGUUCGAUCACCCGGACAUAGUGAACUAUUUAAUAUCGGAAGGGUCCGAUAUCAACCCUUUGGACAAGGAAAGAAGGUCGCCUUUACUUCUAGCCGCGUCGAGAGCUGGGUGGAGGACUGUACACACAUUGAUCAGACUUGGAGCUGAUAUACAAUUGAAAGACAUAAAUUCUAGAAAUGUACUACACUUAGUAGUCAUGAACGGAGGAAGACUUGAAGAUUUCGCUGCCAGUUGCAAAGAUCGUUGUGAGAAGAGUCUUGCAGAACUCCUCAACGAAAAAGAUAACACUGGCUGUUCCCCACUCCACUACGCCAGCAGAGAAGGCCACAUCAGGUCUUUGGAGAACUUGAUCAAGCUUGGUGCUUGCAUCAACCUGAAAAAUAACAACAACGAGAGCCCACUGCACUUCGCAGCCAGAUACGGUCGCUAUCACACCGCCUGUCAGCUUCUCGACUCCGACAAAGGCACGUUCAUCAUCAACGAGAGUGACGGCGAAGGUCUGACCCCUCUCCACAUAUCUUCCCGCGAAGGUCACACCAGAGUCGUCCAGUUACUCCUGAAUAGAGGAGCGUUACUCCAUAGGGAUCAUAAUGGGAGGAACCCUUUACAUCUCGCUGCGAUGAGUGGAUACACUCAGACUAUCGAGUUGCUGCAUUCAGUCCACUCCCAUUUAUUGGACCAGGUGGAUAAGGAUGGGAAUACACCUCUGCAUUUGGCAACAAUGGAAAACAAGCCAAAUUCAAUAGCGUUGUUGCUGUCGAUGGGAAGCCGCUUGAGCUACAACAAUUUAGACAUGAGUGCCAUCGACUACGCGAUCUAUUACAAGUUUCCCGAAGCGGCGUUGGCUAUGGUCACACAUGAGACAAGAGCCAAAGAAGUAAUGGCGUUAAGAUCAGAUCGUCACCCAUGUGUGACGUUGGCACUUAUAGCGUAUAUGCCGAGGGUAUUUGAAGCUGUCCAGGAUAAAUGUAUCACCAAAGCCAACUGCAAAAAGGAUUCUAAAAGUUUUUACAUCAAGUACAACUUCGACGCAUUAUGUCCUCUACUGAAAGACGACGAUGGCACAAAGAAAACGGAGAGCAUGCCAAAAACGCAGAAAAUUCCGUUGCCAGCGCUCAAUGCAAUGGUAGCACAUGGCAGAGUUGAACUCUUAGCACAUCCCCUGAGUCAAAAAUAUCUUCAAAUGAAAUGGAACUCCUAUGGAAAAUAUUUUCACUUGGCAAAUUUGUUAUUCUAUUGUGUUUACUUGAUCUUUGUUACCGUAUACACAUAUCUUCUCAUGACUAAUGUUAAUCCAAGCACAGCUGUGAUGAAAAGAUCCUUCAAUAAAUGCGAGGGGUCGCCGCAAAAUGUAACUCUUCAAAACAGUACUUCAAAUCUGACUAGAAGUGAACAUAAUUUAGAUAAAAUUUUAGUCAAAUCGUCCAAGAACUCAAUAGAUUUUGAAGCGAUGAUAGCAAUGUAUACAAGUACAGUCGCUAUAAUAGUAUACAACACCAUUUGUUUGGUAAGAGAAGCAUACAACGUGAAGCAACAGAAAUGGCAUUAUUUGGUGGAUCCGUCAAACCUGGUCUCUUGGUUGCUGUACAUAUGCUCCACCUUAAUGGUGUUCCCAACUUUAUUUGGCAAUUUUAACGAUAUACAGUUCUCAGCGGCGUCUAUAACCGUCUUUCUCUCCUGGUUUGAGCUACUCCUCUUACUGCAGCGGUUUGAUCAGAUCGGUAUCUACGUGGUGAUGUUCCUCGAGAUCUUGCAGACCCUCAUCAAAGUGCUGAUGCUCUUCUCUAUACUUAUCAUUGCAUUCGGAUUGGCGUUCUACAUACUCCUCUCUAAAGGUCAUCAUUUAUCUUUCAACAGCAUACCGAUGUCUUUAAUGAGAACGUUUGCUAUGAUGCUCGGGGAAAUAGAUUUCGUUGGGACCUACGUUCAACCAUAUUACAAGGCAGAGACGGAUAUAAUUCUUCCAUUCCCGAUGCCUACGUUCUUCAUUCUCGGACUAUUCAUGGUGCUCAUGCCAAUUCUCCUGAUGAAUCUUCUCAUCGGUUUGGCUGUGGGUGAUAUCGAAAGUGUUAGACGGAACGCACAGCUGAAGAGACUCGCGAUGCAGGUUGUGCUGCACACUGAAUUAGAGCGGAAAUUACCCACUAUACUACUGGAGAAGGUAGAUAAGGAUGAAUUGAUUGAGUACCCUAACAAUAAAUGCAGAAAACUUGGUUUCCUCGAUCUGAUUCUCAGAAAAUGGUUCUGCAACCCGUUUAAUGAUGAAGCUGGUUUGGACUUGGUAUUGGAGAGUAGUGAAGACUACAUAACAAACGAGUUGGACAAACAGAAACGCAAACUCCGUGAAAUGUCCCAACUGUUGGAGCAACAGCACAUGUUGAUAAGAUUGAUAGUACAGAAAAUGGAAAUCAAAACUGAAGCUGACGAUGUAGAUGAAGGAGUUUCACCCUCAGAAACCCGUGUGAUACCACGGUGGAGCUCGCCCAGGAUCAAGAAAAAGCUGCUAGCCUCAGCAUCAUUCAACAAGGGAUUAUAAAUGAAAUCAUUUAAGCCAGUUUCAACAAUUCAAAUUCUAGUUAAAAACAAGCUUAAUCUAGCUGCAUUUUCAAGCUGGUUGUUAUUUUCAUCUAAUUAACAAAGCCCAAGUGCAUUAAAGUCCUUAAAUAAAAAAAUAAACUAAUCAUGUUUAAUCUUCAUUUUAUCUCUGUUUGAUUUUAACAAUGGACAAAAGAUUGAUGUGUUAUAGUGCAAUUCAAACUUUUUGGCGACUGGGAACUUAUAUUGUAGCGAGCGUAUCUACACGCAGGUUUCACUUCAGUGACAUCCUGCGCGAGUACAUUUCGCUGACAUUGCCACGACUUGCGCUAACUUCACAGCCCUUAAGUUUGAAUUGUAGGAUUAAUCCUUAAGCUGCAUUAAGAAAUUUUAUUGCAGGUGACCCUGAAAGGUCUAUAUCUCUUACUGUAGAUCGAUUUAUUGAAACUGGCCGUUAUACUAUAAUUUUUGUUAGUCUGAAACUGUCUAUAUCUUUUCCUGUUCUGGUUUAAUAUUUGGUUAAUUUAAUAUCCAUUAGAUUGUAAGAGUACGUCUUUUGAAGUAUUAUUAUUCCAUUUUAUUAUCGGCAUUGUCAUAUAAUAUUGUGCAUAUGACGUCUAUUAUCUAUUGGCUGUAUAAUUAUAGAUUUUUUAUUUAAUAAGGCUUAUAGGUUUGAUAGGAAGUAGUUAUUUGACUGAAUAUUAUUCAAAUCCCAUAAUUAUGCAAACCUUAGUUACCAGACACGUAAUUGUCAUUGUACAUUAAAGUUUCAAUUUAUUGUUCAUGAACUCAAUUACUAUAAUUUGGUACUAAUACGAGUAGGUCAUUGGUUUGCUAAUUUAUAAUAUCAUAUAUUUUUAUACAUAUUAAUUAUUUGAAAUAUGUUUAUGAUUUAAAAUAUGAUUUAAAUGAAGUAAUUAUUUUUCAGCAAGCUUAUUUAACAUAACUAUAUUUAACAAAACGUAAAAUAUCAAAAUAAACCAAGAAAAUCACGUUAUAUUAAAAAUAAUAUUUUUGGGCACAAAAAGUAAGUUUUAGAUGUAAAAUUGUUAAGGUACCUAAUAAUCCAAAUAUAGGGUAAUUAUUUCUAUAUAUAGUAGGAACACAUUUAUUAUAUUGCUUCCUUUAUAUGUAUGUAUUAUUUGUAUAUGUUUACUGAUUUAAAUUAUAAAAAAAUACAUAAAAUUUAAAUGAAUGAUAUUCAAAAAAUAAUAUUAUGUUAUUUUAUUAACAGCUACUAUCAACAUUAUCGCUGUAUUUAAAUAAUCGUUUUACAAUUAUAUACAAACCCAACUAUCAAAAUGUAUAGGAUGCGUCGUGCUAGUAACGUACGAGUAAUCCAUCCAUUUUAAUAGCUUAAAAUUGCAAAAUUCUCUUAUAUUUACGGUUGUCUUCAGACAAAUACUGUAUGGCUGAACAAAUAUUAUAUUUAAAUUUUACUUAAAAAGUUACGUCUAAACGAAAUUUUGUAUUUUAAAUAUUUAUUUAUAUACUUAACUUAAUAAGCAAUUGUUUUUUUUA